AUGUCAUUCUCUUCGUCUUGAGACGAGGAUCAAUAAUAUCCAAACCAUUUUGUCUAAUUUGGCCUGUAACUUCUCGAAUCUGAAUUUUUCUACUCGAAAAAACCCUAAAAUUCGAAAUUGGAUCCAAAAUUGGGGGUUUUGCAAAUCUUCAUCAAAUCUUGCAAUUGAGGGGUCCUUGGAGGUCGCCCGGAUGCCACGACCGCAUUGGAGUUGGUUCCCGCCGUCAAUUUCGCCGGAUUUAGCCGGAAAACGCUCCGACCCGCCGGAAACCGCCGGNCCGCCGCCGCCCGCCGGUCAAAGUCGCCGGAAAAUGAACUUUUUCCGAUUCCGGCGGGACCAAUGUCAUUCUCUUCGUCUUGAGACGAGGAUCAAUAAUAUCCAAACCAUUUUGUCUAAUUUGGCCUGUAACUUCUCGAAUCUGAAUUUUUCUACUCGAAAAAACCCUAAAAUUCGAAAUUGGAUCCAAAAUUGGGGGUUUUGCAAAUCUUCAUCAAAUCUUGCAAUUGAGGGGUCCUUGGAGGUCGCCCGGAUGCCACGACCGCAUUGGAGUUGGUUCCCGCCGUCAAUUUCGCCGGAUUUAGCCGGAAAACGCUCCGACCCGCCGGAAACCGCCGGCGGGUCGGAGCGUUUUCCGGCCACCUCCGGCAAAAUUGACGCCGCUCAUCCCCUCCAACGUGUUCGUGGCAUCUCGGCGACCCCCAAGGACCCCUCAAUUGCAAGAUUUGAUGAUGAUUUGCAAAAACCUCAAUUUUGGACCCAAUUUUGGAUUUUAGGGUUUUUUUGAGUGGAAAAAUUCAAAUUCGAGGAGUUGCAGGCCAAAUUGGACAAAAUGGUUUGGAUAUUCUUGAUCCUCAUCUCAAUACGAAGAGAACGACGUUGGUCCCGCCGGAAUCGGAUCAGGUUGAUUUUCCGGCGAUUUGACGUGGUGCGACGGCGGCGGGGAGCGGAAGAAAAGAAAAAAAGAAAUAGGGUCAAAUUGA